AUGGUCUGCUUCAGCUCUCCCCUGUCGGUGCUCGCUGCGGUCCUGGCCCUGUCUGGCUCGGCACUGGCCCAGCUCGAGGGUACUGGCCUCGACCGGACGAACGUCACCUUCCCCGGCUCAAAGACCCGUUAUGUGGUUGAGUUCUCCGAGGCCGGUUCGGCCAAGUUCAGGAAGCGCGAUGGGACACCUAAUACCGAGGAAUUCUACGAGGCCGUCAAGCUCACUAACGUCACGGCCGUGCCUGCGCUGAACUUCACCUCGGAGCUUUUCCACGGCGCAUCGUUCGACGUGCUAAACGAGACCGCGCAGUCCAUCGAGGAGAUUGAGACCCUCGACGUAGUCAAGAAGGUAUGGCCCGUUGGAAUCGUCUACGCGCCCAAGCCUGAAGACACCGGCAAAGGCCCCGACGUGUACAAGUGGGACCCCCACGUCCUCACCCGAGUCAACGACGCCCAGAAGCUUGGCUACGACGGCAGCGAUGUCAUCAUCGCCGUUAUCGACAGUGGCAUCGACUACACCCAUCCCGACCUCGGCGGCCAGUUCGGCGCGGGCUUCAAGGUCGAGUCCGGCUGGGACUUUGUCGGGGACGCCUACAGCGUCGACGAGCCCAACGUGCUGUACCCCGACAACGACCCCAAGGACUGCCUCGGCCACGGCACCCACGUGGCCGGCAUCAUCGCCAGCGGCAACAAGGACCUGCCCGGCGUCGCGCCCAAUGCACGCCUCCGCGCCUACAAGGUCUUUGGCUGCGGCGACGGCGUCACGCUCGACGUCAUCGGUCAGGCCUUCCUCAAGGCGUUCGAGGACGGCGCCGACAUCAUCACCGCCUCGCUCGGCUCCGACAACGGCUUCACCGAAGACAUGGUCGCCUCCAUCAUCACAAAAAUCACCGAGCAGGGCACCUUCGUUUCGGCCGCCGCUGGCAACUCUGGCAUCCGAGGACCGUUCCUGACGAGCAACCUCGCCAACGCCUAUGGAAGUCUCACUGUCGGUAGCGUUCAACAUACCCAGAAGCCCGUUUACAAGGUCGUGGCCAAGUCUAGCAGCGGCGAGUCGCGCGAUAUCUACUAUGUCAGUGAUAACCAAGUUCAAUGGGACAGGAGUGGAACAUACAAGGCCUACCUCCCUCCCGUGGGCCGUGAUUGGGAUGUUUGUUGGGAAUGGGACGUCCCCGCGCCGGCCGGUGGUAUCCCCGAAAACGAUAUCCUAGUCCUCCCUCGAGGAAAUUCUUUUGUUUGUCCCGACAUGUGGCAGCUCAUGGACUCGGUCUUGAUCGGACAAGUCAAGUGGGUGUUCUACUACAACUACCCCAACAUUAGCUACGAGCACCCGGAGCGUGCCGUAUACCGUGAUGACCAGCCCAUUGGAUUCGCCGCGAUCAACUACGAAGACGGCAUCUGGCUCGAGGAGCAGGACGAGGCUGGCCACAGCAUCGAGUUUGAGUUCGAGUACAACCCCGCCGCCGCUUUUGCGAUCGAUGACGGGGCAGCUGCCAUCAACGAGUUCAGCUCUUGGGGCUCGACGCUCAACGGUCGUUUGAAGCCCGAGAUUUCCGCUCCUGGCGGUCGUAUUUUGUCGACUUACCUGACCAACAGUGGCAGCUGGGCCGUCUUCUCCGGCACCAGCAUGGCCACCCCUUACAUCGCCGGCGUUGCCGCACUUUUCUACCAGUCGGUUGGUGGGCGGUCACGUCUUUGCAGCAACCCGGCCGAGGUCGCCCACCGCCGCAUCGUGGCAAGCGGGUCGUCCGUCAACCACUGGAACGGGACGGCAGUCCCAGCCGCUCUCGCUCAGCAGGGUGCCGGUCUGGUCGACGCCCUCAAGGUCGUCACGUUCGACACCUCCAUCUCCCCCGCCAACAUCAACCUCAACGACACCAUGUUCUUCGCGGGGAAGCACACGAUCACGGUCAAGAAUAGGGGCAACACGUCGGUGACGUACAGCAUCGGGCACGAGGCCGCCAGCACCGUACGCUCCCGGGAGUACGGGGAUGCGUGGAUCUCCUAUGACCCCAUCCUCAAGACCGACGAAGGCUUGGCGGGUGUCAAGUUCUCCGCCACGGAGCUCAAGGUCCCGGCCGGGGGACGCGCGUCGUUCGACGUCGAGUUCACCGAGCCCGACGACGUCGAGCCGGGCGUGCUUGCCAUGUACGGCGGCAGCAUCCACAUUGUUGGAUCGAACGGCGAGGCCGUGAAGACGACCUACUUCGGUAUCAAGGGCUCGCUGUACGAUGCCGAAAUCUGGGAGACUCACCGCGGUGUCCCCGUCUUCUUCGGGCAGGCCGGCUACGGUGACGUAUUCGAGGACGGCAGAGAGUUUGUGUCGCCGGCCAUGCCCGACCUAUACUUCAACGCCCUGUGGUCGACCAGAGAGAUGAGCUUCGAUUCCUCGGACUGGGUGUACCCACCCGUCGCCGGCAAGAACAAGCACGUCGGCUUCACCAUAUACUUUGAGCCGUGGUUGCAGUCGUGGAUCCCCUUCCCCGUGACAUACCUGACGCGCGCCAUCGGGACGUUCUGGCUCUCCAUCAGCAACGAGCUCGUGGGCGGGGCGACGCUGGCCGCCGGCGAGUACCGGAUCCUCAGCCGCGCGCUGAAGACGUACGGAAAGCACGAGGAGGCGGAGGACUGGCAGUUUAGGCUGUCACCCAUCUUCAAGGUCGUCGAGCCUUCUGCUUAG